ACAAUCAUAACAACAACAAAAAAACAACAAACUUGCUGAAAGAGCUGGGGCUGGUUCUGUUGGACAGUCGAAUGUGCUUGAUGGGCCGGCCUUCUUGACACUCUUACACACCCGGUCUCCCUCUCCAAAAAUAUACCCCGCCACCCCGCCGCCAUGUCUACUAGCCGGGAACUCGUCACGGCCGCUGUCCAGCAACUGCCCAUUCACUUUGCCGAAGUGGAGCAAGACCCCUCGACACCGCUCGAUGUCGACCUCAUCGAUUUGGUGCAGCCGUUCGUCUCCGCUCCGGAUGUCGUGGACGCCAGCACCUCGCAGGCGCUGACGGCGCAGCUGGCCCGUCUGCUCCCCACGCUCCAGCAGGACCCUACCCCGGCCAUCCAGCUCUUGGUCAAGCUCAUCGAGCCCUACGACUUCGACGCCAUCCGAUCCAUCCAACCACCCGUCGACUUUGCCGCAGGGCUCGAUCUGGCCGCCGUGCCGUAUCAUCCGCUGGCGCUGGCCCUGCUCGAGAAGGCUUCGCUCAACGGCCGCCAUGCCGAGUUCAUCGCUAGCAGCCCGAGCAUCGUCUCGAACCUGGUUCAGCUGUGGCUGUCCACUGAGGACAUUGGCAUCGCUGAUCGGGCCACCAACGUCCUCUACGACCUGCUCCACGUCGACCGGGACCCGGCGAAUCCCACGGCCACCGAGGGCCCUGUCGGCUAUGGUGUUGGCUUCAUGUGGAAGCGUGUCUUUGGCGACCGCGACAUCUACAGCCUCUUCUUCCGCCUCUGCGGCGGGGACGUCCUCAAUCGGUCGCGCAAGACGGUUGCCCAGGCCCGGUUGAUGGCUUGGUUGCCGCGGGUCGGCGAGCUGAGCUGGGAGGCCAUCACGCUCUCGCAGCACGCAGAGGUGGAGCAGAGGUUUGGUCUGGCAACGCCCGGCCUGCUAAACUUCGCAGCCCUGCAUGUCGUUGACUACAAGGACGACAUCCUUAUGCACAUCAGCCUGAUUGAGUUCUACUCGGCCCUGCUGAAGACGUGCAGCCGGCCGUCAAGGAGUACUGGACAGUCGAAGUCACUUGAGUACCUCAAGGCCACAAAGGUGCACGAACGCACACUGAGCUACUUCCUCAACCCUGCGGCACACGAGUCGUUUGAGACAUCGUAUCUCUACAGGCCUGCGGCGCAUUACCUCGCCACGUACGCUAGCACCUAUCCUGAUGACUUUGAGGCCAGCGCCGAGAUACGCGCCGCCACGCUGCGCCGGCUCGUCAACGUCUUCAGUGACACCAAGCUCGCGCACUGGGUCCACGGCCACGCGCCCCAGCACGACCUGCACGUCCUAGCCUCGCUGCCACGCACCUCACUCCUGCCCAGCCCCACGUGGGACGCCAGCCCCCUCGCGCUGCUGCCCGCCGGCCGGAGCACCAACCCGGACGUGUUGCGCACGCUCGCCACCAUCUUCCACGGCCCUUCGGACGGCGCAGACUACGCCGAGUCCUUGACGUUCCCCCCUCCACCGCAGCAGCCGCCACAGGCCGACGACGAAGCAUCAGCGCAUACCAGCGAGGCAGAGGCGCCUGCCCGCCUCGCAGCCGAGCGCGCCGCCGCCCGCUCCCUGGCGGCCAGCUUUCUCGAGCACAACUCCGCCUUCUUCGCCGACCUCGUCACCGUCGCCGAGACGCUCGCGCUCAAGGAUAACGCGCUCGCGGCGCUGGACCUCGUCGCUGCGUUAGUAAUGGCGCAUUGGCCCUCUACCUCGGCGUCCGCCUCGCCCUCACCCACUCCUUCAACCAACACGCCAGCCCCGGACUCUGCAUCCGACGACGCGGCCUUCCCGCCCUCGGGUCCCUGCCUGCUGACCCGUCCCGGGAACCCGCUCCUCCCGUACUUGCUGCGUCCGGCGCCGACGGCGGCGCAUCUGGCCGGUCGCGACAGCGAGGCGGCGCACGCGCGCAUUGCGGCCCGCAAGUUCGAGGUGCUGCGCUUGCUGAAGCGGGAGCUGGAGCGGGAGAUUAGCGGCGGGAGCGCGGCGCCGGGCGCAAGGGGCGUGGUGGAGCUGCUGAGGGGACGAGAGGCCGAGGGCGCGUGGGGGAGGGGUGGGGAUGUGGGCGGGCAUAUUGCGGCGAUGGAGUUGUAGGAGGACUUGGGGUUUUGGGGAGAGGGGGUGUUGGCGCGGCGUUUUUGGGUUUGGUUAGGGCGAUGGUUGAUGGGAGUAGCGGUGUUGCUGGAUGGAUGGACGAUUGGUCUUUCUUGGUGCCGUGGGAUACUCCGUAAAGUAGGAGUAAGUAGUUAUCCAUGCGCGCGAGCUUUGCUCGGCGACUUCACGAUUCUUACAUACCUACCUAUCCAUGCAGUGGGC